AUGAAGGACGACACGUGCUUUAUCUCGGGUGGUUGCUAUGACGACAAAGCCGACAAUCCAUUGAACGGCUGUCUGUAUUGUGACUCAGAUGAAUCCAUCAGCGACUGGCAGACUCAUGUGAACAAGACAGAAUGCCUAUCCGAAAAAGACGCGGUGUCCGGAGCUGUCAUCGCGGCUGCUGUAAUCGUCCCCAUUCUGGUGUUAGGAGGAAUCGGUGCGGGAAUACUCAUCUACAAGAAAAUGCAGACGAAAAAGAUUAUGGAUGCAAGGUCUGAGCAGCUCUAUAGCGAGCAAGCUGGUGGGGGGCAGUUUCAUCAGCAAGGUGCUCUUGGCCAACGCGGACGCCCUCUGUGCAGCCGCCUCUCCUCUCCUGGAGGAGGACAUACCCCUCGAAGAGUACAAGGAGAAAGUGUUGUGAUGAACAACUACCUGGGCAUAGGACUUGAUGCCAAGAUCACCCUCGACUUCCAGAACAAACGAGAGGAGCAUCCGGAGAAAUGCAGGAGUCGAACAAAGAACCUCAUGUGGUACGGUGUGCUGGGAGGGAAGGAGAUCCUACAGAAGACCUUCAAGAACCUGGACCAGCGUGUACAGCUGGAGUGUGACGGCCAGAGGAUCCCCCUUCCUAGCCUACAGGGCAUUGUUAUACUCAAUAUUCCCAGCUUCGGCGGAGGGUCAAACUUCUGGGGUGGAACCAAGGAAGUCGAUACUUUCUCAGCACCCAGUUUUGAUGACAAGAUACUGGAGGUUGUAGCGGUGUUUGGCAGCACUCAGUUGGCUGUGUCGCGAGUCAUCGACCUGCAACAUCACCGCAUCGCACAGUGUCGGUCAGUGAAGAUCAUGAUCAUGGGUGAUGAAGGGGUGCCGGUCCAGGUGGACGGAGAGGCCUGGAUCCAGCCUCCAGGGUACAUACGCAUCGUACACAAGAACAGGGCCCAGAUGCUUACUAGGGACAGGUCCUUUGAAACGGUGCUCAAGUCUUGGUCUGAGAAGCAGAAGGUGGAGCCAGCUCUGGCGCAGAGACCGUCGGCACUGAACGCUGAGGAGACGGCCGCACUGCAGAAGUUUGUGGAGGUGGCUGGAUCCCUCAUCAAAAUUGUGAAAUGUGCCUCCCUCACGUACAGCACUGUAGAACAGGAGUUGUUCCCUUUGGCAACCAGAGCUUCGGAGUACCUUGAUAGGCUGUACCCUUCGGGACAGUUAGUGGAGUUACCAGGCAGGAGUGUUCUAGCCCAACAGCGGACAGGACAGCCCAUGACCAGAUCGCAUGAAUGCCAUUUUCGCAUGAAGAGGCCCACAUUAUGCCGUUGCCACGUAGAGCCCACCUUGAGGAGUCAGGUGGUGGACUUUGUGCACAGCAUUCGUCACCUAACACGAGAGACGAGCACGUUUCUAUCAGAGAAAGCUCUAGACAUGCAUCUGCGGGCCGACCUCGGGGAGAAAUUGGGUCAGUGUGUCAGUCAACUGGAGGAAGAGACAAGGACACUUAUGGAGAUCUGUAACAUUCCAGCUACACCUCUGUCUCAGGAAGAGUUGUUAUCAACUGCAGAGAUCAAACAGCGACCAAAGCCCGGCCGCUUCAAGCAGGUUGUGAGCAAGCUGAAGGGGAAGAAGGAUAAGGAGAAGACCUACAUUCCAUUAGUGUACAACGUGAACACAUGGACGGCAGAAGACGUUGGCCAAUGGCUGGACAACAUGUCCCUGUCGGAGUAUCGUGACUCAUUCAUUCGGCACGAGAUCAGGGGCCAGGAACUCCUUAGUCUAGACAAGACUGACAUUCAGGAUCUCGGGGUACAUAAAGUAGGACACCUGAAGAGAAUUCAGCAUGGCAUUAAAGAGCUUGUCAGCCGUAUGGCAGCCAUGGAAAAGUACUGCAACAAUUAUGGAAACUAAAUAAACAUGUGUGCAUUAAUUUUGUGGGAGAUGUCAACUACGGUGAUACAAACAGCAGAAACAGCUGUGGAGGAAAAUUAGUGUGGGCAGAAAUGAAAUUAGCUGGUAUGAUUUCUACGAUUGAAUAGAAGUUCUAUUCUCCUUUAAGUUGAAAUUUACAAAUUAAAGUCAUGUACCUUUUCAUCAUCGAUAGUCACUGAAGUGAGCUGGUUAUUUAUGUUGCCAUGAAUGUUUACAAAAAUAUUUACUGUAACAUUGUUACUUGUAAAAUAUUUAAACAAUGUUUUCCAUGCAAUACAAAACAUGACAUAGUAUUGUAAUUUUUGCAAUAAAAGGCCACACAAGAACAUUUAAUUGAACUUAUAAUGUUGUGGCUGGACAAAAAUGCAGAGAGGUGAACUCUGUUUGACCAUUUGAUAUUUGUAUUUCAUAUUGAACAAAAAAAGUGGCCGUUGAAAGUUGUUACAAUUUAUGUUUUAUUUAUUUUUAUGUGUGGAUGGAAUUGCAGAGCAUUCCAUAGGGUAUCAUGUAUGUACAUACAGUGUUUCUGUGUGUGUUCCUUGCUCUGUAAUUUCUUGCUCACUUUGUCUUCUAUACCAAAGGCUAGAUAUACGAAUGCCAUAUUUUGUUUAAUAAACACUUCUUCCGCUAUUUGAAUACAAGGAAAGAAAGAAGGGGUACAUAGCCUACUGUUUCUAUUUCCAUCGUUGUACCAUCUUAGUUGGUUGAUACGCAUUUAUGAACAUUUAAUAUUAAAAUGUUGUUAAAAUUGUUUGUACAUGUACAUAUAAAUGUCAAAAAUUUGAAAACUUGAUAUUAUUCUUUCACAAAAUAUUUUUAUUCGGAAGAAAUGUCAGGGUUCUUUUACGUGUAUUAAAAAAUGUACCAAAGUGCGUAUUUGCAUUUAUGGUCAUGUAUUGGGUUCAAAAUUUAAACUCUCGAUUAAAGAAUUAAUUGACAUGUGCCCAUCACUAAAUGAGGCGUGUAAUGUGAAAAUGGGUCUUAUGCCAUGUUCUGCCAGUGUAGCUACUGACUAGUGUGUGCAUUUGUGCAGUCUGGUAGGGGAGCUAACCCAUCAGCUAAGGAGACCACAGAACCGUGCGGAACAUUAUAGCAGACAGGGUAGCUGCUGACAAGAUUGCACCAUGCGCGCAGGCUUGUCUGGAGCUACGCUGGCAGCAUAUGGCAUAAGACCCAUUUUUGCAUGACAUUGGUCAGAUUUAUGAUUGAUUUUAUGCUGAUAUACACUUGCUGUUACUAACUGUAAUUAUAUGCCAAUUAUGUUUGAUUGUUGUUAAUCUGGUAUUAAAAGUUUCUAAUCAUCUAAUAAUCUGUACACUGGACGUUAUUAUGGAAGAACAAUAGAAUAUAAAGAUUAUCUUGUACUAAGGUAUAUAAUCCUCUUAUUACUACUACAUGACAUAAAGAUCUCUGAUUUAGCACAGACCAUGAGAACAUUACAAUUAAAGUUGCAAUAUCAAUAACCAAACUAUAAUAUAGUGACAAAAAAAGAAGGAACAGGCAUUUUGAAAUUAUUUUUUUUAAUGUACGCUGUCUCUCAUAUGUUUUUCUGUGCAUGGGCUUAACACCGUUUAGAAAGGAAGAAAUUUACUUUGAGUGAAUUAUUGUCCCCUGCCGGUUUCACCAGAGGGCACUUAUGGUUUUCGCUCUGUGCAUCUUUCUGUCUGUCUGUCUGUCACACUUUUCUGGAUCCUGCGAUAACUUUAAAACUCCUUCAUAUUUUUUCACUUGAAACAUGUCAAUAUGGACAUUAUGCACGUCAUUUCAUUUUGUUUGUACGUCAAAAAUUAUGGUUGCUAUGGCAACAAAUAGAGUAGAAAUACUGCUGAAAAUAGUGGUUUUAUGGAUCCUGCAAUAACUUAAAAAGUUCUUCAUAUUUUUUCAUGAAACUUGAAACAUGAAUAGAUGGCAAUAUGGACAUUAUGCAUGUCAUUUCAUUUUGUCCCUACGUCAAAAAUUAUGGUUGUGAUGGAAACAAAUAUUUAAAAAAAAUUGACAAUGGUGGAAAUUCUGACAAUGGUGGAGCCGGUAGGGGACAUAUAUUGCUUGGCAAUAGUCUUUUAUGUCUGUUUGAAACAGUGUAGUGACCAGACGUGCUAAGGUAAAAUGUCAGCACAUAUUCACAAAAGAAUGCUCUUAUAUGAUGUAAGGACAGCAUUACAGAAUUGCAUGUCAUAGUUUUUAUUGAUAUUGCAACUUUAACCCUUUGCCUUUCUAAUACGUAUUUUGAUGCAUGCGUAGUCCCUUAGAACGUUAAAUUUAAUUAAAAGCCUUUCUUACUAGAUUCAAGUUUCAAAGGCUUCAUUUCACACCCUUUGAUACUAAUGAGCAGUCUGUUCUGGUUUUAUGCUGUUUGCACAUAGCCAUUUUCACUUUGCUUCUGAGUUGAAAAGGGUUAACAAGUUAUACACUUUGUCUUCAGAUAUUAAUUGAGUUUCAUGUUAGAAUGGUAUAAAAACUAUAUGUUUCAACUCCAUAGAAUUUUGCACAUAAAUUUUUUUUUAUUUUUACAUCCUCCAUACAUUUAAUUAAUUAAAAUAUAAGAUAAUUGUUGAACCUUUAGCAACAUUUUGUGUAAAAAUCGAUUUCAAUACGCAUGCUUUUUAGUUCAUGUUGUUUUGUAUACUUUUUGUCGAGCCCACUUGCUCCUAAUAGCAGUCACAAGGAUCGACGGUAUGUGCGUGCUGGCUUGCCUCUUAGCUUGUCUAAAAUGGAAAUUUGUAACUCAUGAUGCAAUUUUGAAAGAACUUGUUAAAAAUGACCACCAUCAUAAGACGAGGUGUUGUGUGUUAAACUUUGUGCUCAUUUCCUCAAAGAUCAAAGGUCAUACAAAUUUGACCUUUGAGAUCACUCAAAGGUCAAAUUUGUCCAUAAAACAGUUUGUCCUGAAGGUAACUUUGUUAUUCCUGAUGCAAUUUAUAAAUAACUGAUCAUAAAUGGGUCACCAACAAGGCCAGUGCCCGUAAGGUCACGCUGAAGGUCAAAGGUCAAACAUAUGCAAUGUGCAGCUUGUUUACCCUUUACCACUUAGAUACAUAUUUUGACCCUUUUGUAGUCCCACAGACAGUUAAAUUUAAUUAAAUACCUUUAUCACUAAAUUCAAGUUUUAAAGGCUUCAUUUCCAACCCUUAGAUACUGAUGAGCAGCAAACAGCAUAAACCUGCACAGAGUGCGAGUUACACACAGGCCGUUCUGAUUUUGUUGCUGGUUUCAAAAGCCAUUUUCACUUUGCUUUAGAUGGGGGAAAGGGUUAAAUAAUCACAAUGUAUAUUGACAAUGGGCUCACAAUGUUAGCAACAGGAAUCAAGGAUAUAUUGCUGUCCAUCUUUCACAUAACUGUUUCUGACAAGUUGUCAUAGUUGACAUUUCUGUGUGUUCCGAAAUCUGUUAAGAUCUUUAUUUUUGUACCCUUUCUAGUCCUUUUCAUAUAUUGUUGAUAACUUAUGUACAAAACAUGCAGCUAUUUAGUGUGUGUUUUUAUUAGUAAUAUGUGUGUUGUCUGAUCAAUAAUGUCUCUUUUCUUGCUUGAACAGGUGCAUUUUAUCUUAGUCUUGCAUAUUGUCAGUAAUUUGUUGUUGAGAGAAAUCAUUUAUCCCUUUCCAAUUUAGAUACUUAUUUAGACGUGUUUGUAGUCACAUGGAAAGUUAUAGUUAAUUGAAGACCUUUUUACUAGAGUCAAGUUUUUAAGGCUUCAUCUCCAAACCUUACUGAUUAGCAGCAAACAGCAUAAAACCUGAACAGACAGCGAGUAACUUGCAGGCUGUUCUGGUUUUAUGCUGUUUGCACAUAGCCAUUAUCACUUUGCCUCUGAGUGGGAAAGGGUUAAACAGUGUUUUCAUUGACAUGCAAGUGGUUGCAGAGAAGACGAAGAAGUUGAUGAUGAUGAUGCAUGGUAAUUUUGAGCGAUAUUUUCUUAUUUAUUAAUCCAUUUAACUACCUGUGGUACGGUAUUGUUUUCUGUAUAUAGUUUAGGCAUUAAAGGUUAAUUAAGACAUAAUUUUAGUUCACUUUUUUUUUGACAAAUGUCAAAUCCAUUUUAACACUCAUUAUACUUUAAUCAGUGGUUGAUCCAUUAUGUUCAUUCAUAGGGUUAGGGUAAGGAUUAGAGGGUUAGCAUUUUUGCAACUUUAAGUUGAAGUCAAGGUCAGCAGAAAUGACACAAAUAACUUUUUUCUCAAGGUCUACUUUGGUUAGUAGAUAGCGUUAUGCCAAGCAAACGUUUUUUUAAAGAUUUUUGUAACUACCAGUAUUUAUUGUUUGCAUUUGCAAUUGUUUCCCUCCCAAAUGUUAUAAUUGAAUUUUUUAAACUUAAGUUUUCUGAUUCCUUAAUAUUGCAUACCAUACAAAAUUAUGUUUUUAUGCAGACAAACUAAGUCACAGUUGUUUUUUAUAGUGUACAUAUUCCUUCAUCAGUUCCAAGAUUAAGUGGAAUGUUGUUAUUUUAUAUAGUUACCCUAUUACCAGUAUCAAAUUCAAUGUUCAUAUUGAAUUGAACCAUGAAAUAAGCUUUUGAAUAGAUUUAUUCCCGAAUUUCUCAAUUUUGAUGAAGAAAAAAGCACAUUAACAGUGGGGAAGUAACAAAGCUGACCGGUCAAAAUACUUUCAAAAUCACGUACCAUAUUAAUUGUAUUUUUUUCAAUUAACCCUUUACCACUUUAAAAGGUAUUUUGUCACAUUUGUAGUCCCAUAGAAGUUAAAUUUAAUUAAAUACUUUUCUUACUAAAUUCAUGUUUUAAAAGAUUCAUUUCCAACCCAAAGAAACUAAUGAGCAGCAAACAGCAUAAAACCUGAACAUACUUACUCGCAGGCUGUUCUGGUUUAAUGCUGUUUGCAUAUAGUCAUUUUUACUUUGCUUCUGAGUGGGAAAGAGUUAAAGAAUCAUCGGUGCAUCAAAUGGUUCUGGGUUGUUUAUUUUUAAUGAUAAGGUUUUGUUUUCAACACUCUGGAGAGAAGAAUAGCAAUUAUUAAACCAAAUAACUCGUAACCCAAUCUACGAUUUCUGAAUUUUUGUACCAUAACAGCUUGCUUGAUUUUAAGUUGUCCUUCUGUCGUAUAGUUUAAGCCAUUCCAAUAAGUAGCAACUCUCCAUAUAAAGGGAUUAAAGUAGUAUUUAAGCAACAAAUAUUCUGAUAUAAAAAUGUUUUCUCAUUUUUGAAAAGUACUUGUCUCAAUUUUAAGCGCACCUGAACAUAAAAUGCACAUUGUGAGCUUUUGUGAUCGCCUUUUUCUCUGUCUUUCGUCUUUGGUCAUAAAUAUUGACCUUGUUUACACUUUAGAGGGCACAUUUAUGGUCCAAUCUUUAUAAAACUUGGUCAGAACACAUGUCCCAAUUAUGUCUUGGAUUAGUUCAAAAAUGGUUCCGGUUGGUUGAAAAACAUGGCCACCAGGGGCGGGGCAGUUUUCCUUUUAUGGCUUUAGUAAAACCUUGUUAACGCUGUAUAAUUCACUUUUAUUGUCUGAUCUUUAUGAAAAUUAGUCAGAACAUAAGUUAUAUUUAUAUGAGUUUGACGAGUUUGAAAAAAGCUUCAGGUCUGUUGAAAAACACGGGCAGGGCAUUUUUCUUUAUAUGGCUAUAGUAAAACCUUGUUUGCACUCUACAAGUCACAUUUUGUAUUAAUGAAAAUAUGAUCAGAACAUUUGUUCUAAUGAUAUCUUGGCUAGGUUCAAAGUGGUUAUGGUUCGUCGUAAAACAUGGCCUACAGGGGAUGGGACAUUUAUCAUUAUAUGGCUUUAGUGAAACUUUGUUUACAUGCUUUAAUUGACAUUUUUAGAGCAAUAUAAAUCAGAACACUUUCUAAUAAAUACACCUUUGAGUUAAAAAAUUCUUCUGGUUUGUUGAAAAUCCUGGCCGAUGGGGGGUGUGGCUGUUUUCAUUAUUCGGCUAUAGCGAAAACUUGUUGAUGCUCUAAAGACUAUUAGCCACAUUUAUUGACCAAUCUUGAUGAAACUUUGGUCAGAACAUUUGUCCUAAUGGAAUCUUGGCUGAGAUUAAAACUAGGUCAUGUGAGCUGAAAAACUAGGUAACAAGUUGGAAAAAAAAGUUAAUUCUCUAGAAGUCACUUGUGUGGUCCAAUCUUCCCGAAUCAGCUCGCACUUGUCUAGUUCAAUUGGGUCUCAGGUGAGCGCCUUAGGGCCCAUGGACCUCUGUUUAAAGUACUGUUUUUUAGCUCGGCUGUUUUGGAGAAAACCCCAGGUAUUGUCAUAGCCAGCUCGUCGCGUUCGUCAUCGUGUCAUGUCUUCCGCUUUGUGCUAAAACCUUUACAUUUUGUCAAGGUUUUUGAACAUUAGCUCUAAAAUCGAAGUGCUUCAACCUGCAACUUUGAAACUUUGUAUGAAGCUGCACAUUGAUUAGUUCUUCAUGCCACACACAUUUUUGGGUCACUAGGUCAAAGGUCAAUGUCACUGCGACCUCUAAAAAAAUAAAUUCUGACAAGCUUUCAUUUAUUCAAAACUGCACCCGCAGCCGAGCGUGGCACCCAUUAUGCGGUGCUCUUGUUUAGAUUUUGCAAUUCAUUCCUUUUUUUUUCAAGUGCUUAAUAUUAUAUUUCUAUCUUCCUUUUUCUUUCAUAAUACAGGAAGAAGAAUGAGCCUUUUUUUACGAUUCAAAAAGCUAAAAUUAACAUUUAAUUACAUGGUAUUUGCAUUUAAACAUAAUGGUUUAGUAAGUAUUUUCCAAGUUGUAAUCUCUGCUAGAUUAUGUUAAUGAUUAUGUAUGUAUGAUAUUUUUAUAUAUCAUUGUAAAUACUAGUAUUAAUAAUUCUUUUCAUUGUUAUUGGUAUUAAUUUUAGUUGUUGCCAUACAAACAAUGUGCAAUAUACCAUACACUUUUUAAGUGUUCAUUUUGUUUGCAACAUGAAUGGUCACAUUUAUUUGCUAUGCCUGAUUUUUUUUUAAUUUGAUUUUUAUAUUUGAUUUAUUUUAUUUUCAGUUACACAAAUGGCAUUCUGGUGUAUUAUGUUUGUCUGUAACAUGCAUUUCUGGCUUUUUAUAAUGAACCUGUGUCUUUUGUUUGCAGCUUUAGAUAAAUGAAGCUUUAGAUAAGCUUAUUGUAUGUUUCUUUGUUAUCUAUGUAGAUUUUAUUUAAGAUAAAAUUCCCUUUGAUUAACUGUUAGAAUAUAUGUUAGAUUGGUGGUAGAAAAUCCUCUUAGAAUUCAGUUUCUAUUCUAUUUUUUCUUUACAAAAAAAGUAGUUUUUUAUCAUUUAUGUUUUCAAAUAUCCAUUCACAGAUGUGAAUCAGGUACUUGUAAAAGGAGAAUUUUCUAGCCCCUUGUCCAUCAAAAUACAUCUUAGUUAAACAUGCUUGCAAUCGAAACAUAUUGUGCUUGUUUUUGUAAUAGAAACUUUUUUCUGAAAAUGGUUUAAAUAAGUUGACAAGUGAAACAUAUAUGUUUCAGUUUAUAUUCACUGUAAGAGUAUCUUUUGAGAAUGUAUUUCUGAGCCAUUUGAAUAUUUUUUUAUAAUUCAAGAAUAGAUAUUAAGCAUGACUAAUAACAAGUUAUACAUUUUGACUUUUUUUGUUACCGAGUAACAACUUUGUGUCUUGAUCAUAAUAAUAUUGUUUAAAACGUAGAUACCUCUGUUUGUUCGAAUAUUAUGUUUCAUCUAUAUCUAGGCACAUAUAUUAGACUAAUUAUUUUGAAUAGCAAAUAUUCAUUCAAUUACUUUUUUAUAAAAGCGUCUGGGUAUCGUCUUUUAUAUAUGUUAACAGUUUAAAAACUGGUGUAGAUUAGUGAAAGUCAUGAAGGAGUGUUUUUUUUUUGUAUUUUAUAGAUAUUGUGCAACGUUUUCUACUUCUUACAUUGAACACUUGAUCAUUCCAAAGAUGUUAUUUGUGUCUGUAUAUGUUACAGAUAGUUGCCUUCAUCUUCUUACUAUUUCAUGUAUUUAUUGAUUUCAAUGUUGUCUAGGUAACCAUUUUUUCAUUUGAAUGCAAUUUUUAAUGAGUGAGAAAUUUGUCUACUUUUGAUUGUUUGCAAGUUGUAAGAGUGUUCUAUCUAUAUAAAUAAGUAGUUAUUAGUCAAUAUUUUCAUUUUAUUAUGACUUAUUGUUCUCCAAAUCUUAUUUUCUGUUUAUUAUCCACACUUGGCUUAAUUGUGAAUGUUUACACUAUGAGCUAACAGUUCAUCAGUACUUUUGUUAUAUUGUUACAGAUUUCAAUAUGAGUAAGCAAUCGUAUAAGUUUUGUGAAAUAUUCAUAAUUUCCGUUUAAAUCCUAUGAUCUUUUAUAACUUUUGUCAGGUGUUUGUGUUUGCAAUUCUGAGUUUAAGUGAAUAUUUUUACUUUUCUUAUAUUCUGAAAUUUUAAAUUGAAUUAUGAGUUUAUAAAAGCUGUUGAUUAUUAUUUUCCUAAAAGGCACUUUGCGGAGUGUUCAGUAGUUUCCAAUACAAUAACUUUAUUAUGCCCCCGGAUCGAAUGAUCGGGGGUAUAUUGGUUUUGGCCUGUCUGUCUGUCUGUCUUUCAUUCUGUAGAAAAAUUUAACCUUGGUUAAAGUUUUGCAAUAACUUUUGAAAUAUUGAAGAUAGCAACUAGAUAUUUGGCAUGUAUGUGUAUCUUAUGGAGCCGCACAUUUUGAGUGGUGAAAGUUCAAGGUCAUCCUUCAAGGUCAAAGGUUAAAUAUAUAGCUUCAAAGCGACGCAGUAGGGGGCAUUGUGUUUCUGACAAACAUAUCUCUUGUUUUUAAAUUGAUAUAAGACAGUUAUUUAAGAAUCACAGUUAUGUUCCAUUUGAGCUUGAUGAAACUUUCUCAGAAUGUUAAUCUAUAUCUAGGCUGAGUUCGAAUCUGGGCCAUGUGUGUCCUUAGACUAGGUCUCAAGGUCAAAUCUUAGGAUAAUCUUGUUGCAAUACUAGAUGGCACUUUUAUUACAUACUACUGAUGAAACUUGGUUAGAAUGUUUACAAUAAGUAGGUUGAGUCCCAACUGUGUAAUGUAUGUCCAAAAACUAGGUCACCAAUUCAAGUCUUAUAAAAACUUUGUCAUCUCUAUAGAGGCCACUUUUAUGUCAAUCUUAAUGAAGCUUGGGUCACACGUUUUUUCUGAUUAUUUCAAAUCUAAGUCACACCCUCCAAAAACUAGGUCAAUGUGUCUAUUUAUAACUAUUAUUUUUCCUGGAGUGUUUUCAGGUGAGUGUUUUAUCAUGGCCAUCUGUUAAAGUAUAAUUUAGUAGGUUACAUUAAUAGAACCAACCAUUGAGAUGUCUUUUUUUUUAAGUAAUGAAAACCGAAUGGUUCACUGCACUGGUGUAGCGUUAUUCAUUUGGAAAUGUUUAUAAACAGCAUUUAUAAAAAAAUAAGUGUAUCACUAGGUUAGGCAACUUUUGAAUUUCAAAUAUGCUGUCUGGGUGGUAUGUGUGGUUUUUACGCCCUGUAUUUUCUAAUGUUGUAUUUUGCUGUUACAUUUUUUCAGAAAUCGAAAUAAAUUACAUUUUAUAGUCCUUUGAAAAA